AUGUCCAGAUGCAAGUAUGAGCUUAGACUCUCCUGGACGGGAGGGAGGCCAUUCAAGGCACCGCGGAGGUCGAGGGUGUUGAAAGGUGACCUUCUUGACGACUCUACUGCAGCCACGCUUUUCAACGCUUUUUUGUUCGACCGGACAGAAGGAAACGAUGAUGAGACGGAGUUGGUGGUGGCAGGGAAUGACUCUGGGAGGAACGAUGGUGUGUCGAGGAUAGUUCUAGGGGAAGUGUCAUCAGGUUUUCCCUCGUCUACGAACAGCUGCAACGAGUGGCAGACUUCGCAGACACGGCCCAUUCUCGUGAUGGAACAGGAGGGCGAGGACGUUAAUGGUGCCGGUGAGGCCAUGGAAGGCGAUAUCGGGACAGACUCAGCCACUUCCACUGCCCUCGUCGACGAUGCUGGACUGAUUUCGCCAGCUGAAUCGUUCGAGCUUGUCCAUCAGCUACUGAACACCAGCGACCAGGACUAUGUCGACGCUGACGACGAGGUUACAACCCAGACUCAUUCGGAUGCCAGUAAUCUCUCGCACCUUCUUGACCAUGUCCCUGUCUCUUUCAAUCAUCCUCUCAUCUUCAUGCCGUCCGAUCUGCUAUCCUCAUCCGAAUCACGGUUUUUCCUUCACCAUUACCACGCGCACACGUCGUGCGUCAUCUUCCCUCUAUCACCUCAAUGCAACCCUCUUCGAGAAACGCUUCUUCAGGCCGCCAUCACCACACCGCACUUACUGUCCGCUCUGCUCGCGUCCGCUUGCAGCCACUACACUCGGCUCCGAGGCAACUCGUCCCCGGACAUGGCCAAAACAAUCUUCAAGUUCACGAACCCUGCGCUUGCAGGUCUGCGCGCGGCUGUUAGCGAUCAUAGCUCGGCGCACAAGAUGGAGACCAUUUCCACCGCUCUGGCGUUGUGCACCAGCGAUGUCAUCUCGGGAGAUCUCAGUAUGUGGCGUACGCAUCUGCAAGGCGUGAAGAAUUUGUUGUUUUCCGCCAUCAGACGCGACAACAGCGGUAACGGCAACACUUGCAACAACUCCAGCUCCAAUACCGAGCACUUCCACUCACGCUCGCUCACUAGCACUCUCACAAUCACGGAUCCUACGCAACUUUUCCUGAUGAAAUGGUUCGCCACGCUCGACAUCUUCGCAGGCGUUUCGGGCCUACGCAAAAGCACCAUACCGGACGGCCACUACUGGUCCAGCACCACUCCCGAUCGCAGCCGAGGCUAUGUCGACGAAUUCAUGGGAUACUCAUUGGAAUUAAUGCCCCUAUUGGCAAAAAUUGGACGGAUGGCACGCGUACAGCAGAAACGGGCCAAAAUCGCGCGUGCAGCCGCAGCCGCAAGGAGAAGGAUGAAGAUGAACGACAGCGACUCCACAGACUCCGAAGAUGAAGAGGCUGUAGAAGAAACGCAUGAAUACUGCCAGCUUCGUCCCGAGACACUGGAGGAAAUCCAAUUGAUUGAAAGCCAGCUACACACGCUCUUCGAACGGUCAGCUCCCCCUUCGCUCGACUGCCGACACGCACCAUCCUUCUCCUCCUCCUAUCAUGUUCCCGCCGCCACCGGCAUCCAACCGCCAACCGCCACGCCGACCACAAGAACAGACAUAGCCAAAGAGAUGCGCCUGACGCACCGCAUCUUCGUCCACGCCGCACUCCUUCACCUCUACCGCCGCGUGCAAAACUUGCCCAAAUCCCACAUCAAGCCCGCUCACGCCGUCUAUAUGAUACUCGAAAACUUGGAAAAACUCCAUGCUGACUCGGCCGCGAGUAUUUUGAUCUUGUGGCCCGUCUUCAGUACGGGAUGUGAAACGGACGAUGCUGAGCAGAGAAACAAGAUUGAUGAGAGGAUGAAGAAGAUGGAAAGGUUUGGAAUGGGGAAUGUGGAGAGGGCGAGGAAAGCCAUGAGGGCUUAUUGGGAAGCGGGGGCUGGAGGGAGGUGGGACUUGUUCAUGGAGGAGAAGGGAUGGGAUAUUGUACUUUUCUAA